ACUGAGACCUGAGGGGAAGGAGAGGGUGUGAGGAGUCAGGAACUCAGCAUGGGGUAAGAGAUGAGAUUGGGCCAGAUGUUGUCAUGUGCUCUUUCUUGUAGAUUCCCUCUUCAGAUUAGUGAGUUUUAUUGUUUUAUUACAGGUUAGGAACUUUGUGAAGUCAGUCUUGGUAAAAUCCAUCCUUACAGUUGUGCCACAAAAUGUUUUUGUUUUGCUCAGCAGUAAUAAAAGCAGUAGUAAGUGAAAUGCACGACUGACAUCUAGAGACAUUCUGUGAAGAAAAAAAAACCUCACAAACGACAACGACAUUUAUUGAUUCUUGUCCUUUAGUUAUAAAACCAGUUGUUUCUCAGCUCAGUUUCUUUCAAUAAGCCUUCAGACAUCUCCCUGAGCAGCAAUUCACUGUGCAUGCAAAUGUCCAUUAUUUCAUCAGCACUGUUUUCUUGCCUUGCCUUUGUGAGGAGGGUUGGGAAGGUGACGUUCUGAUUUCCAGGGAUACCCACUUGGCACCUGCUAAUUUAAAGCAACACCCCACACAACCUUAAUCAUAAAUUUGUAAGCUGAGUGGAUCAGAGAGAGAGAGAUGCAGAUCACUCUAUAUAUUUCUCUUUACCUGUCAUUUAACUGUAUUUCUGCUGCUUCAAUCCUCAGAUCAGGUACCUGUCAGCUCCAGGGACGCUUCAAAUUGAAUGGAAUGUACCAGGAUGGAGAUGUUAUACUUGGAGGCCUGUUUCAUGUUCACUUUUUCACAGUGUUCCCAGAUCUGAGCUUCAGAAUGGAACCAGAAAGACCAUAUUGUGAAAAAUUCAAUAUGGAAGGCUUUCAGCAUGCACAGACCAUGGCUUUUGCAAUAGAUGAAAUUAAUAAGAAUCCCAACCUACUGCCUAACAUCACUCUUGGUUACCAUCUUUAUGACAACUGUGUAAUGCUAGGAAUGGCAUUCCGGGCUGCCAUAUCCCUGGCUAGUGGGACAGAAGAGGACUUCUCCAAUCUCAACUGCACUGGCCCACCACCUGUGAUUGGGAUUGUGGGAGAUGCAAGUUCAACUCCUUCCAUUGCAAUUUCUAGUGUUCUGGGGCUGUUUCGAGUACCUAUAGUUAGUCACUAUGCCACCUGCUCCUGUUUGAGUGACAGGAAAAAGUACCCCUCUUUCUUCAGAACUAUUCCCAGUGAUGCCUUCCAGGUGCGGGCUAUGGUUCAGAUCUUGAGGCAUUUUGGAUGGACCUGGGUUGGUCUUCUCUAUAGUGGAGAUGACUAUGGCAUAUAUGCAGCUCAGUUAUUUCAACAGGAAAUGCAGCUGUUUGGGCAUUGUGUUGCUUUUUCUGAAAUCUUGCCAAAUGAUCACAACCCCAGAGAUAUUCAGCGUAUAACGAGAGUGAUUCAGGCCUCUACAGCUAAAGUUGUGGUUGUUUUUGCUCUUUCAUCCUUUCUGAUACCUUUGAUGGAUGAGGUGGUGUUACAGAACAUGACAGGCAGGCAGUGGAUUGCAAGUGAAGCUUGGGCCACCUCUCUUGAAUACCACACUCCACGUUUCCUGCCCUUCCUGGGGGGCACACUGGGCAUCGCUAUCAGACGUGGAGAGAUUCAAGGCCUUCAUGAUUUUCUGCUACAUCUCAAUCCUAGCAAUGAUCCAAGAAAUAAUAUGUUGAGGAUCUUCUGGGAGAACAUGUUUGAGUGCAGUUUUGAAACUGGGGGUAAACAGACAGAUAGAGAGCAAGUGAAAAAUGUGUGUACAGGACAGGAGGAUCUAACCAUCAUGGACACACCAUACACUGAUGUUUCAGGAUUGAGGGCAUCUUAUAAUGUCUAUAAGGCAGUUUAUGCCCUGGCACAUGCACUUCAUGGCUUGAUGCAGUGUCAGGAAGGGAGAGGACCAUUCGCUGGGAACAGUUGUGCUGAUAUAAUCAACCUGAAACCUUGGCAGCUGGUUCACUACCUCCAGAAAGUGAACUUCACCACUGGCUUUGGGGAUCAUGUGUCAUUUGAUAAGAAUGGAGAUGCUCUGGCCAUCUAUGAUGUGUUGAACUGGCAGCCAAGCUCUGAUGGGUCAAUAACGAUCCACAAGAUCGGUGUAGUAAAUGAAGGAGCAGCAACAGGGAUGGUGCUUACACUGGAUGAAGAAGCAAUUUACUGGAACUUUGAGGCAAAAAAACCCCCACGGUCUGUGUGCAGCGAGAGCUGUUCCCCAGGCACCAGGCGAGCUACAAGGAAGGGCCUUCCUGUCUGCUGUUUUGACUGCCUGCCAUGUGGAGAUGGAGAGAUUUCUAAUACAACAGAUGCCAUUGAGUGCACGGCAUGUCCAGAGGACUUCUGGUCCAAUCCAGAUAAGGAUCAGUGUGUCCCUAAAGAAGAAGAGUUUCUAUCCUAUGAGGAAACUCUGGGCAUCUCUCUGACCACUGUUUCCUUACUAGGCACCUGCUUCUGUGCUCUUGUGAUGGUCAUUUUCGCUCUUCAUCGUAACACUCCCAUAGUACGAGCCAACAAUUCAGAGCUCAGCUUCCUGCUGCUGUUGUCACUCAAACUGUGUUUCCUGUGUGUGCUGCUAUUCAUUGGCCAGCCUCAGUUGUGGACGUGUCAGUUAAGACAUGCUGUGUUUGGCAUAAGCUUUGUCCUGUGUGUCUCCAGCAUCCUGGUCAAGACUAUGGUGGUAAUAGCUGUGUUCAAGUCAUCUCGACCAGAGGGCAAAGGAGCAAUGAAAUGGUUUGGAGCAGUUCAACAAAGAUGCACAGUUCUGGUCCUAACGGCCCUCCAGGUUGUCAUAUGUGCAGUCUGGCUAUCAACUGCCUCUCCAACACCCCAUAAAAACAACCAGUAUAUCCGCUCUAAAAUAGUAUAUGAAUGUGCUAUUGGCUCAGUAGCUGGUUUUUCUAUGCUGCUGGGAUACAUUGGACUGUUGGCAGCAGUAAGCUUCCUUUUAGCUUUUCUGGCGAGAAAUCUUCCAGAUAAUUUUAAUGAAGCAAAGUUCAUCACUUUUAGUAUGUUGAUCUUUUGUGCUGUGUGGAUUGCAUUUGUUCCAGCAUAUGUGAGCUCUCCGGGGAAAUAUUCAGUUGCUGUAGAGAUAUUUGCCAUUUUAGCUUCCAGUUUUGGAUUACUGGUAUCCAUAUUUGCUCCAAAGUGCUACAUCAUCCUUUUGCAUCCAGAGAGAAACACUAAAAAAGCCAUGAUGGGAAGAGAGACACAAAAGAAAUAGUUUACAUUUCUAUUUCUAUUUUCAUCUACAUGAACAAAGCAGUUUUAAAAUGCAUACUGUUUUGUAGUAUUACAAUUAUUAAAAUUCAUUUGGGUUUGCUUUAAAAAAAUAAUGUUUAUGAAUUAAUUUGUCAUAUUGACUUUUAUAAAUUUUGUCUGCUUCAGAGGUUUACCCCUUUAAAUGUUCAUUCUUGUAAAAUUGUUUGAUUUAAUAAAUUAAUGAGAAAAGAAUAUU